AUGCUGUGCUUGUCAGGGAACGUGCUCCCUUUGAUCAAACUCAUUCCGACGACGCCCUCUUCACCUUUUCAUCACUCUAGAGCGCCCCCAAGGAAAGGGGCUUAUAUAUAA